CACCAGCAGCCGUCGAGGCAGCCGCUAUUGGCAAGCGCCGAUGGGAGAGAAAGGGCAAGGAUGUGGAUGGGAUGUGAAAGGGGUGUGGCGGCCCAGUGGAAGCGAUAGUGCUAUUACCUAUGGAACACUCCAGCAGAGGCGCUCUGCUGAGGACAGCCUACAGGUGGGAGUCUGGAGACAGGGCGGCUUGCUCAGGCGUCUCGCCAGCUGUAAGUGGCCAGGACAGGGCUUCAAUUCGACAUGGGAAUUUCCAACAGACGAGGCGUCCGCAUCUCAGUGCUCGCCUGAAGCCGUGCUUCACUCAAAAAUGCUUGCGUCCUGCUUGCUGUAGCGUGCAAAGCAAGGAGCAUCUUUGUUCAAGUCUGUUCUGCACAACACCUCAUCUUCAGCUCCCGGGCAUUAUUCAGGCAAUCCGACCUAUCACUGCCUUAACCGAUGCCUGCCAGCCGUUUCUGCCUCUUUGUAGACUGUGUGUGACAGAGAAGCUCUGUCAGCGCCGAGCCACUUACAGUUGCCUCAUUUCGCCUUCAGUUCGCCUCUAUCUGUUCACAGUAGUAGGUUGUCUUGACGAAUUGGAAUUGCCAAAUAACCCGAUUGGAAGAUAAUGCCUCACGAUCAUGCCGGCCAAGUGGCAGGUUUGAGGGCCGCAGGUGUGCCUUUGCCUUUCAUCUGCAGCUUACGCCUCUCCCUCUGCCUCUGAAGCAGCAGCAGUUUGCACAAGAGCCAACUGGACGACGACUUCCACUUUAGACACGGUGCAUUAUGACGGUGUUGGCAGCAUUUGAUACGACCAAAUUGUUAUGCCUCCAUCUCCCUCUCUCCAGGUUUGUUGGGGGAGUGGCUACAGAGACUCAU